AGUUAGCAACAGGAAAGCGUCAACAUGGCGGACACCUUGCUAGUCCGUGCAUUAAAAGGGAAACCAAAAACGUUGAAUUUGUGUAAUAAGAAACUUGACAAGGUUCCAAGGGCCAUUGGGAAAUUAGACUGUGUUGUACACUUGCAGUUGAGAGGGAAUAAAUUGAAGGAUUUACCUAUAGAACUUAGUCAUUUAUUUCAGUUACAGAUAUUGAACUGUGGAAACAAUGAACUUGAAGACUUACCAGAAGUUUUGGAGUAUCUCACUAUGUUGGAGAAAUUACAUCUGUUUAACAAUAACCUAAAGAAUCUUAACCCAAAAGUCCUAACACAUCUGAGAAACUUGACAUUCUUGAAUAUAAAUAAUAACCAACUCAAGACUUUUCCACCAGAAAUAUGCAGAUUGUCCAGUUUACAGCAUUUAAGUUGUACUAACAACCAAUUGACAGAGUUACCAGUUGAAAUGUGUGCUUUGAUAAGACUUGAAGAAUUCCAUGUAGCUGGGAACCAGUUAACAAGCCUUCCAUUAGAGUUUGGAUUUCUGGUUAAUUUAGAAAAAUUAUAUCUACAAAAGAACAAAAUAAGAGAAUUACCAGAGAGUUUGGGGAAAUGCUAUAAGUUAAGAACAUUAGACAUUGCAGCAAAUGAAUUGAGAAUAUUUCCUACAGAGUUAGCAUCGUUACCUCUAAAAGAAUUAUUUUGUGAAGCCAACCCAUUAUUACAGCAUAUUCCAGUUCACUCGGUACAGGAAGAAGAAGUUCUGUCAUUAAAGGAAAUGACAGCCAGAUAUGUGAUGAGAGAACUCAAAGACAGAUGGUCCUAUUUACGGAAAGCCAUUCGACAUUACCCCCAAAUAAAAGACAUGUUGGCCCAGGCCAGUAAAUGUUCUGUGUGUGGAGAAUCAUUCCUCAAUACUUGGUUAGAAUGUGUCAGAUUUGUCGAUGCUCAAGGGGUAAGAUUUGACUUGGUUAGAAUGUGUCAGAUUUGUCGAUGCUCAAGGGGACCUUAAGCUGAACAACUUAAAUGGACUAGUGCCUGUUCGAGCUCUUCUGUGUUCAUACAAAUGUUUUAAUUCAGCUGGACAUGACUAUUAUGGUGUAGCAUUUCCAUAAUCCUGAUGACACGUUUUGUUAUGUUUCUUUUAUACUGAAAUGCCUGUAUUUAUUAAGCAGAACUGUGAUAUUUCAUUAUGCCAUUAUUUUGCACUGCUGACAAUUUUUUUAUUAACAUUUUCCUGAGUUUAAUUUAUGUGUAUGAUCCACUGUUGUCCUCAGAAAUUGCAAGAUAUUAGAGGCUAUCUGCUUUUGGUCAUUACAGAUUUUGACUGAAAUGUUAUAUAUUCCUUUAGGAGGUAAUUUAAAAAAAACAUAGAGGUACCGGUGAAUCUGUUACCUUGUAGUAAUAUUGCUUAGGAAGAUAAAAAAAAAUGUUCCAAAUAAGAAUUUGAUUUAUACUGUAGAUUCAUAAAUUUUUGUAGGAUACAUGCAAAUUUUUCGUGGAUUUCUCGAGUUACCAUAAAUUUAAAUGUUCAAUGAAUUACACUCUUUUAUGGCGUGAACGCAGACUUUGCCAAGACCACGAAAAUAGAUAUCAACAAACCUGCAAGUUUCCUCAAUCCACAAAAAUUGAUACCCACAAAAAUAAAAGAAUCCACAGUAGUAGGGCAGAUAACUCAAUUUCUUUAAUUUAAUAGGUGACUGAACUUGAACAAAAAUAUUUUUCAGUUUUAGAAAGAAAAUAUUGAUAUUUGUUCUUAAACUAUUCAAUGAAA